AUGAAGGCUGUCGUGCGUGCUGUGCUCGAUCAGGACCCCGACAUCGGGCGUGCCGUCCUCCCAUAUGUGGACGAUCUCCUUGUAAAUGAGGACAUUGUCAGUGCCGAGCGCGUGGUGGCGCAUUUCGCGCAGUUUGGGCUGGACUGUAAGCCGCCGGAGCGGGCGGCCAGUGGAGCGCGGCUCCUGGGCCUGCGGGUGCACGAGGAGAACGGGCAGCUGCGGUGGAAGCGGGACAAUGCCGUGAGCGCGCCGCCAGAACGUGUGACUCGCCGAUCUGUGUUCGCGUGGUGCGGACAGCUAGUGGCCCACGUACCAGUGUGUGGGUGGCUUCGACCCGCGGUCGCAUGGCUUAAGCGGCGUGUAAAUGAGCUGACGCGCGGAUGGGACGACAUCACUGGUGACGCCGCGCUGCGCGUGCAGAUGGACUGUAUCGCGAGUCGCCUCGCCAGUGACGACCCGGCCCGUGGCGUGUGGUGUGUCGACGGGGACGAGGUGGUCGCCUGGACAGACGCCAGCUCGCUGGCCACCGGAGUGGUCCUGGAAAACACAGACGGUGAGGUGAUCGAGGAUGCAUGCUGGCUCAGGCGAGACGACGCUGUACACAUAAAUAUGGCCGAACUCGACGCCGCUAUUCGAGGCAUUAACUUGGCUGUUGCGUGGGGCGCACGGAGAAUCGAUCUCCGAACCGACUCGGUGACGGUGAAGCGGUGGAUCGACGACGCGAUCAGUGGCCGCAAGCGCCUCCGUACUAAAGCCAGCGGUGAGCUGCUCAUCCGACGGCGUGUGGCGAUUAUCCGUCAGCUGGUCAUCGAGCUGGAGCUCCGUCUGACCGUGGCGCUCGUUCGAUCGGCGGAUAAUCGCGCUGAUGCACUGACUCGAGUGCCCAGGGAGUGGCUCCGAGACGAUCUGACGUCGACAGUGAGCGCGCAGCCGUGA